AUCUGAAAGAAAAUUAGAUUACGUUGGAGUUUUGGGUCUUUUUAAUCCCUGAAAGAAAUCUAAUGCAGUUGGGUUUCUUUUUCUCUUGGCAAACGUGUGGAGUCGAGGGUUAGAAAGUUGAAGGUCCGGUAUUUCUCUUACCAAAAGCCAUGUCUGCUUUUCCUGCUCCAUCGUGUGGGUGCAUAAAUGUGUUCUGGGACGACGGGAUGCUAAGCCACGAUACGGGCAGUGGUGUAUUUGACUCCGGGGUUAAGCCCACCUUCUUAGACGUUCUAGAAAAGCACCCUGAGAACUCAGAGAGGGUGAAGAACAUGGUUUCAAUACUCAAGAGAGGACCCAUCUCGCCCUACAUCUCUUGGCAUUCCGGCAGAUCUGCUGUCCUCCCUGAAUUGCUCUCUUUCCACACCCAAGAAUAUGUAAAUAAACUAGUUGAGGCUGACAGAGAUGGAGGCAAAGAAAUUUGUACUGGAACUUUCUUGAACCCUGGCUCAUGGGAUGCUGCUCUUCUAGCUGCUGGUACCACACUGUCAGCAAUGAAGCAUAUACUUCAUGGACAUGGAAAAAUUGCUUAUGCAUUGGUGAGGCCUCCAGGUCACCAUGCCCAACCUACUCAAGCAGACGGUUAUUGCUUCCUUAACAAUCCAGGUCUUGCAGUUAAAUUGGCCUUGGAUUCUGGAUGUAGUAAGGUUGCAGUUGUAGACAUUGAUGUUCAUUAUGGCAAUGGGACUGCAGAGGGGUUCUACAGGUCCAGCGAUGCUCUCACUAUUUCCCUUCAUAUGAACCAUGGUUCAUGGGGUCCUUCUCACCCGCAAAAUGGGACUGUCGUUGAACUUGGUGAAGACAAAGGGUUUGGGUAUAAUUUGAACAUACCAUUGCCAAAUGGAACCGGGAACAAAGGAUAUGAACAUGCCAUGAUACAGCUGGUUGUCCCAGCUAUUGAGAAGUUCAGGCCAGAUAUGAUAGUGCUGGUGAUUGGUCAAGAUUCAAGUGCUUUUGAUCCAAAUGGGAGGCAAUGCUUGACGAUGGAUGGUUAUAGAGAGAUUGGGCGGAUAAUCCGGGGCUUGACAGAUAAAUAUUGUGAUGGACGCCUUCUUAUUGUCCAGGAAGGAGGAUAUCAUGUUACAUACUCAGCUUAUUGUCUUCACGCAACACUUGAAGGUGUGCUUAAUCUUCCACUUCCUCUAUUAUCUGAUCCUAUUGCAUAUUACCCAGAGGAUGAGGCUUUUGCAGUAAAAGUUAUUGAAUCUAUUAAACGUUACCACAGAGAGACAGUACCAUUUCUUAAGGAACCUUGAUUCAGGAGCAUCUUCUUCACAGAUGCUCUGUAGCCUGCAGUUAGCUCUUGUUGCAUGCCUGUAACUUUAUAUUGAAACUUGUAAGAUAGAAAUAUGAAUAUGUUGAUCUUGAAUGUAUUUCUUGAGUGGAUGAACAUGCGUUUUGGCUUUCUGAUGUGUGUUGACAUUCAUGCCAUCGGCAUUAGUCCAAUGUUUCUGAUUUUAUGCAUUAUAUACAUAAAUGAUAGUUAAAUCU